AUGUCUGGCCAACAGUCUGGGAAAUCAGCCGGAAUGGAAAAAUUCGCGUACUCUGCCAUGAGUAGCUUGGUGGUCCAGCAAGACCGCUCCGUGAUCCGUUCCAGUGAACCCACUGGCCAGCCUGAAACGCUUGUUGGCCGCAUCAAUGUCAAGGACAUGGGUUCGCGCGUGCAGCGUGAGGCCCCCAAGGACCUCGACAAGAAGAAGGCCAAGGCGCAGGCUCUGUCACAAGCGGACGCGGUUGAGCGCAGUAUCCGCCGCGCACAGGAGACUUCGACCGCGCGUUUCGGCGCUGCCGACGUGCUCGCCUCUGUGGCCGAGAUGGAGGGCCUGCGAUACCGUCCACGGACAGUCGAGACCAGCGAGGUCUACGAGCUGUUCCUGGGCCUCGUGCAUAACCAGCUCGGCGACCAGACCUCCGAGGUCGUGCGCUCGGCCACCGACACCAUUCUGGAAUCGCUCAAAGACGACGACCUCAAGGAGUUUGACCGCCGUAAAGAGGUGCAGUCCGUUAUCGGCCCCGUCACCGAGGAUGCCUGGUCUCAGCUUGUCAAUUUGAGCAAGAAGAUUACCGACUAUGUGGACGAUGAAGAGGCUCCCGCAGGCGAUGACCGUGAACGCGCGGUUGACGCCGAAGGUGUUGCUGUGCUCUUCGAGGACGACGACGAUGAAGGCGAGGAGGAAUUCGAGGUCAAGGCUCGUGAUUCAGACGACGAGUCUGAUGAUGAGGAAGACGCAGACGAAGACGCAGACGCAACCGGCGAUGACGAGCCCAUGGACGAGGAUGACGCUGUCGUUGUUGGCCGCGAAGCGGCUCAGCAAAAGGAAAAGUCUGACCGUGUUUCGCCACACGAUGUCGAUGGAUUCUGGCUGCAGCGUCUCAUCGGCCAGUACUACCCCGACCCCGUCCAGGCUGCCGACUACACUACCCAGGCCCUCGAGCUCUUGGGAAGCGAAGCCGAGCUCCGUGACCUCGAGAACGCGCUCGCAGACCUGUUCUCGUACGAAAACUUUGACCUUAUCGCCACCCUCACCAAGAAUCGCGACGUCAUCGUCUGGUGUACCCGUCUUGCGCGCGCCAGCGACGACGAAAAGGUAGACGUGGAGGUGGCCAUCCGCGAAAAGGGCGUGGGAUGGAUCAUCCGUGACCUCCGCGGCGGACGCAAGGGCGGCGACGACGCCCCCGAGACAUCCGCUGUCACCGUUCCCAACAAGGCCACGCUGGCCCCAGGCUCGGUUGCUCAGCCUCAGCGUGUCAUCGACAUUGAUUCUCUCAUUUUCUCCGAGGGCGGCCACCUCAUGUCCAAGAAGAAGGUCAAGCUGCCCGAGGGCUCCUUCAAGCGCCAGUUCAAGGGCUACGAAGAGAUCCACGUGCCCGAGCCCAAGCGUCGCGAGCUCCAACCCGGCGAGCUCGUUUCGGUCACCGCCAUGCCCGAGUGGACCCAACCGGUCUGGCAGAGCGUCAAUGCCACCAAGCUCAACACCAUCCAGAGCAAGGUCUACCCCAUCGCGUUCGAAACCAACGAACCCAUGCUUAUUUGUGCGCCCACUGGUGCCGGCAAGACCAACUGCGCUGCCCUCGCCAUGCUCCGUACCAUCGGCCAGUUCCGCGACCCGGAGACUGGCAUCAUUGACCGCGACUCGUUCAAAAUCAUCUAUGUCUCACCCAUGAAGGCAUUGGUCCAGGAGCAGGUCACUGCUUUCAGCAAGCGUUUCGCCGCUCUCGACAUUCGCGUGGCCGAGUUGACUGGUGACUCUCAGCUCACCAAGCAACAAAUCUCGGAGACCCAGAUUAUUGUCACCACUCCUGAAAAGUGGGACGUCAUCACACGCAAGGCCACCGAUACGUCGUACACCAACCUCGUGCGCCUCAUCAUUGUCGACGAGAUCCAUCUGCUCCACGACGACCGUGGACCCGUGCUGGAAUCGAUUCUGGCCCGUACCAUUCGCCGCAUGGACCAGACCCACGACGAAGUCCGUGUCGUCGGUCUUUCGGCCACGCUGCCCAACUACAAGGAUGUUGCGGCCUUCCUUCGCGUCGACGUCAAGAAGGGUCUCUUCUACUUUGACGCAUCGUACCGUCCCGUCGGCCUCAAGCAGCAGUUCAUCGGUGUCACUGAGAAGAAGGCCAUCAGGCGUCUCCAAACCAUCAACGAGGUCUGUUACGAAAAGGUCCUCAACCAGGCCGGCAAGUCGCAGACGCUGGUGUUUGUGCACUCGCGCAAAGAGACUGCCAAGACGGCUAAAUUCCUCCGUGACAUGGCCAUGGAGAAGGAGACCCUUGCCCAGUUUAUCAACCCGGAGGGCGCUUCUCGCGAGAUUCUCAUCCAGGAGUCCAAUGAUGUCAAGGACCUCAAUCUCAAGGACAUUUUGCCGUUUGGUUUCGGUAUCCACCACGCCGGUAUGACUCGCGAGGACCGUACCACCGUGGAGGACCUGUUCUACGACGGCCACAUCCAGGUGCUCGUCUGUACUGCCACCCUGGCCUGGGGUGUCAACCUGCCGGCCCACACCGUCAUUAUCAAGGGUACACAGGUGUACAAUCCCGAAAAGGGCCGUUGGUCCGAGCUGUCCCCGCAAGACGUUCUCCAGAUGCUGGGUCGUGCCGGUCGCCCGCAGUUCGACACGUUUGGUGAAGGCAUUAUCAUCACCAACCACGGCGAGCUCCAGUACUACACCUCCCUCAUGAACCAGCAGCUCCCUAUCGAAUCGCAGUUUGUGUCGCGAAUGGUCGACAACCUCAACGCCGAAAUUGUCCUGGGUACUGUCCGCAACCGUGACGAGGGUGUCCAGUGGCUCGGCUACACGUACCUCUACGUGCGUAUGCUCGGCUCGCCUGCUCUCUACAAUGUCGGCGCCGACUAUCUCGAGGGUGACUCGGCUCUCAUCCAGAAGCGUGCCGACCUCAUCCACUCGGCCGCUGUGCUCCUCGAAAAGGGCGGUCUUGUCCGCUACGACCGUGCUACCGGUGUGCUUCAGUCGACCGACCUGGGUCGUAUUGCAAGCCACUACUACGUCACCUACUCGUCCAUGUCGACGUAUAACAAGCACCUCAAGCCCAACCUCGGCCUCAUCGACUUGUUCCGCGUCUUUGCGCUGUCCAACGAGUUCAAGCUUCUGCCUGUGCGCCAAGAGGAAAAGCUGGAGCUCGCCAAGCUCCUCGAGCGUGUCCCUAUCCCUGUCAAAGAGAGCGUCGACGAGCCCGUUGCCAAGGUCAAUGUGCUGCUUCAGACGUACAUUUCGCAGCUCACGCUGAGCGGUUUUGACAUUGUCACCGACAUGGUCUUUAUCCAGCAGUCGGCUGGCCGUAUCCUGCGCUCCAUGUUUGAGAUCUGUCUGAAGAAGGGUUGGGCCCAGCCCACUCGUCUCCUGCUCGACCUGUGCAAGAUGGUCGAGCGCCGCAUGUGGAAGUCCAUGUCGCCCCUCCGCCAGUUCCCUCGCGUCCGCCAAGAGAUUAUCACCCGUGCUGAGCGCAAGGAGUUCCCCUGGUACCGCUACUUUGACCUCGACGCCGCCGAGCUCGGCGAGCUGGUUGGUCUGCCCAAGUCGGGCCAGCUUAUUGAGUCGCUGGUGCACAAGUUCCCCCGCCUGGACCUCCAGGCCCACGUGUUGCCCCUCACUCGCUCGCUGCUCAAGAUCAACGUGACCAUCACGCCCGACUUCCAGUGGGACCAUGACAUCCACGGCCACACCCAGGCGUUCUGGAUCAUGGUGGAGGACGUCGACGGCGAAAAGAUUCUCUUCCACGACUCAUUCCUCCUCCGUGAGCGUUUCGCCACCGACGAGCACUAUGUUACCAUCACCGUCCCCAUCUCCGAGCCUGUCCCGCCCAAUUACUACAUCUCGGUCAUCUCGGACCGCUGGCUCCAGAGCGAGACUCGCCUCCCUGUGUCGUUCCAGCACCUUAUCCGCCCCGAGCCCUUCCCGCCUCACACCCCGCUCCUGGAGCUCCAGCCCCUGCCCGUGUCGGCGCUGCACAACAAGGCGUUUGAGGCUCUCUACCCGUUCGACUCGUUUAACAAGAUCCAGACCCAGGUUUUCCAGGCCUUGUUCACCACCGACGACAAUGUGCUCAUUGGUGCGCCCACGGGUUCGGGCAAGACCUUCUGCGCCGAGUUUGCCCUCCUCCGUCUCUGGAGCAAGCGCGACCCUCCUCGUGCUGUGUGUAUCGAGCCGUACCAGGAAAUGGUUGACCUGCGCGUCGCCGAGUGGUCGGCCAAGUUUGCGCCUCUUGAAAAGGAGGUUGUCGCCCUCACUGGCGAGGCUACUGCCGACCUGGCACUGGUCCGCAAGGCUGAUAUUGUGGUCUGCACGCCCAGCCAGUGGGAUUUGCUGUCGCGCCGCUGGAAGACCCGUAAGGACGUCCAGUCGAUUGGUCUGCUCAUUGCGGACGAGCUCCAGCUUAUUGGCGGUGACGUUGGCUCGACCUACGAGGUUAUCGUGUCGCGUACCCGCUACGUCUCGCAGCAGACUGGUGUCCCCACGCGUAUCGUCGCUUGCUCCGUUUCGCUGGCCAACGCUCGCGACCUCGGAGACUGGAUUGGCGCGUCGUCGCAAAACGUCUUCAACUUUUCGCCGUCGGCCCGCCCCUUGCCUCUCGAGGUCCACCUCCAGAGCUUCAACGUGCCCCAUUUCCCGUCGCUCAUGCUCGCCAUGGCCAAGCCCGCCUACCUCGCCAUGAUCGAGCACGCUGCCCACCGCCCAACGAUUUGCUUUGUUGCCAGCCGCAAGCAGACCAAGCUCACUGCCAAUGACAUUUUGACAUAUGUUCUCGCCGACGACGACGAGCAGCGCUUCCUUAACGUCGACCCCGAGGAGCUCGCUCCUCACCUCGAGCGUCUCGAGGACCGCGACCUGGCCGAGGUGCUCAAGUACGGUAUCGGCUACUACCACGAGGCCCUCAGCAAGGUCGACAAGCGUAUCGUCACGGCUCUGUUUGAGAGCGGCGCCAUCAAGGUGCUCGUUGCCUCCAAGGACACUGCGUGGUCGCUCCCUGUGGCCAGCUACAUGGUCAUCAUCAUGGGUGUCCAGAGCUUUGACGGCCAGGAGCACCGCUAUGUCGACUAUGCCAUUGCCGACGUGCUGCAGAUGAUGGGCCGUGCGUGCCGCCCGACCAUCGACUCGUCCAGCCGCUGCAUCCUCAUGUGCCAGCAGACCCGCAAGGACUUCUUCAAGAAGUUCCUCAACGAGGCUCUCCCCGUCGAGUCGAGCCUUCCCAACUACCUCCACGACCACUUCAACGCCGAGGUGGUGGCUCGUACCAUUGAGAACAAGCAAGAGGCCGUCGACUGGUGCACAUGGACGUGGUUUUACCGUCGCCUGUCGCAGAACCCUGGCUUCUACAACCUGCAGGGAACGACCCCGACGCACAUUGCAGAGUACCUCUCCGAGCUCGUCGAGAACACUGUCACGGACCUGGAGCAGUCGGACUGCAUCAUCGUGCAGGACGACAUGGACUUGCUGCCCAACAACUUGGGUAUGAUUGCGUCAUUCUACUACAUCUCGUACGUCACUGUCGAGACCUUUUCGGCCUCCAUCAAGGACACCACCAAGCUCAAGGGUCUGCUGGAGAUUGUUUCGUCGGCCCACGAGUUUGAGACUGUGCCUAUCCGCCACCACGAGGACUCGCUCCUGGAGCGCAUCUACGGCCGUGUCCCCGUCAAGGUCGCCAAGCCCGACUUCCACUCGCCAUACUUCAAGACGUACUUGCUCCUCCAGGCCCACUUCAGCCGCAUGCACCUGCCGCCAGACCUUGCUAUUGACCAGGCCGCGAUCCUCGGCAAGGUCACUGGUCUCCUGUCGGCGUGCGUGGACGUCAUGUCGUCCAAGUCGUACCUCAACUGUCUUGGUGCCAUGGACCUGUCGCAGAUGUGCGUGCAGGCCAUCUGGGACCGCGACUCGCCCCUCAAGCAGGUGCCCUACUUUGACAAGGACGUGCUCGAGCGCUUCAAGGACGCCGGUCUCGACUCGGUCUACGACAUUAUGGAGCUCGAGGACGACCAGCGUACCCAGCUUCUGCAGAUGAACGACCGCCAGCUCGCUCGCGUGGCCAAGUUUGUCAACUCGUACCCCAACAUUGAGGUGUCGUACGAGGUGGAAGACGCCGACUCGCUCGACAGCACCACCCCCGUCACCCUCAACGUCACUCUUGACCGCGAGGCCGACGAGGAGAACCCCGACGACAUGGCCGCCGACGCGCCGCACUUCCCCCACCGCAAGCUCGUGCAGUGGUGGCUCGUUGUGGGCGACGCCACGUCCAAGAACCUGUACGCCGUCAAGAAGGUUACCGUUAAGGCGCGCCUCGAGGCCAAGCUCGAGUUUACGCUCCCUCAGGGCCAGCACAAGCUCAAGCUGUACCUCAUCUGCGACUCGUACUCUGGCGCCGACCAGGACUUUGACCUGGAGAAGCUUACGGUCGUCGAGGGUGACUCGGACGACGACGACGACGACGAUGACUCGGACGAUGCGAUGGAUGAGGACUGA